AUGGCUACUUCACGCACCGCCAUCAUCAUUCCUUCGAGCAGACGACGACUCCGUGACGCAAUUACAAGCUCUUUGUAUUCGUUAAGUAGUGUGUUUCUUAUUCUUUUGUUUCUAUGUCCACUACUUCCAGCAGAAGGGGACGUAUCCACGACGUCACUAGCACGUCAAGAAGAAUGGACCCAUUCCAAGUUGUUACUUCAGGAGAGUCCUGUAUUUUCUAUGGACAAUAAUGACAUGGCAGCGUCAUUUGGAACUGGACGACGCUAUCGUGAUGUCCUGUCUAUUACACGUAGUUUACCUGUCAAAACAGAUAUUGCACCAGGUGCUCCAGUAGAUGACCAAGCCAUUCAAUUUAUACCCAAACGAGUAUUUCUUGGACAAUUGGAGACGUGUAUACAUGAACGAUAUUAUGUUGGAGUUGAGAAUCGAGGACGUGUGUCUGUAACACUUGAUCGUGCUGAUUUUACAAUGGAAGGAUUUUCAUUGGCAACUGAUAUUCGAGGAAUUCGACUGGACCCGGGAGAUCGAUUUCAUGUGCAAAUUGUAUUUCUACCACGUCAAGUGGAACGAGACGGUAUGGACGCGUAUUUGAGACUCUUGACAUCAUCGGGUCUUUUUUCAUUACCUAUUCGUAUUGCAAAGGUAGUGGUCAAUCCGUAUGAUGUGAGUAUGAUUCGUGGUUCAAUUUUAGCUGGAGAAACGUUGGAACACUUGGUACGGUUGAAAAACCCGAUGAAUGCGACGAUUCGAAUUACAGAAAUAUACGCACGAGACAGUUUUGUUAAUCUACACUUAGUCAAUGAUAGCGACCGGACGUUUGGUCUACGUUCACUACAAAAACGUGGAAAAAAGACAGCGUACAUUGACAACAAAGUUGCUGGACAAGAUGCAAAAACUCUUGAGAAUUAUAAAAGAGUUGAUCGUGGUGAAUGGGAUGUGCCUGCUGAAACAACCAGUCCGCUGAUAAUAGUGGCAGUGAAAUUGGACACACCCGGUGUACAUUUAUCAUAUGUUCAUAUUGUUGCCAAUGAUCGACGUUUACUGUCAGUACCUGUAUGCAUCACUGUUUUGAAACCUGGAAUCCAUAUGGAGCCAGAGGAAGUAGAUCUUGGGGUGUUGACUGAUUUGCACCAAGGUCGUGAGCUGUUUUUUUCCUUGUAUAAUGCUGGUUUGAUUCCGCUUGAAAUUGUGGAGGUCAAAGUUUUGAAAAGUAAGCUGAUUGUUGCAGCGCAACUGCGAGGAUCAGCAGUUAUUCCACCACAAACACGGGCACAUCAUGCACUGGCAGUGCAGCUUCGUGUCAAUAGAGAUAUCAAUGGUGGUAGCUGCGUUGCGGCGGUGCUGUUGAAGACUAAUGCAUCUAGCCCAGAAUUAAGGCAGCAAAAACUGCGAUUGUAUGGCCAAGUUGUUAAGGGCCAUUUAGCUUUUCAGCUAAACGAGACAUUAGUGGGAGUUGUGGUGCCUCUCAAACGUGAGUUGAUUGAUCACGCUAGUGUCAUAGAAGAAAAGGGGUCCGAGCGAAUUGCGAACGUGCAAGAGCGAUCGAGUGCUAAUUUUGUGUCAAUUAUUAAUGAGAACAAUUCAAUAGCCUUACUAGCUGGCACCAGUCAGGUAAGAACGAUUCGUCUGUGGAAUCGAUUUGAUUGCCCUGUGGAACUACAACGUGUAUGGAUGGAUGACGUUAUGCUCGAAAAUGGCGAUAUCCAGGAAGUGAUUGUACAAAACUUUGAGCAGGGCGUUGUUUCUAUUGGGGCAAGCUUGCCGACAAUAUCAUUUCAGAUUACACUAUCAUUUGAAAUCCAAGGCAAACUAUCGAAGCCCCGGUCGUAUUCAUUAAUGGUUGAGACGAAUGCAACACUUCACCGAAUUCCAAUAUACGUGUAUUUUGGCUUCCUCACUCUGAAUUCUACAAGAGGGCUCCAGAAUUACUGCGUUUUCGGCAACAGCAACAAUUUACAACGAGAAGAAGAGUCGAUGCGGUCAUGUUUACUGGUGCCAAAAGAUAGCAUUGUGGCAGCGGUAGAUGGCGGAAGAGUUUUAGCAGACACCAGUGCUGUUCCUGUAUGUCGGUCGCUGUUAUUCGACUUUGAUAAAGUUGCGUCACAUGAGGCUCGUGUGGAAAUGGUGGAAGCAGUCAACGAAAAUCCAGUGCCACAGACGCUCUCAAUAACAGAGGUUUGCAAGAAUGCUUCUGUGGAUGUAUCAAUUGCAGCCGAGAUAUCCGAAGCGAAACUGUUUUCAUAUUUUCCGUAUAGAACUGGAGCAACAGGAGCUGGUGAUAGAUGGAACGACAGCUCUCAUGUUAUUUUUGCCGGGACGAGUUUUGUUCUCCAGCCUGGCUACCGUGUAGUUUUUCGUAUAAAAGUUAAGGCGAAGGACGUAUUCGGAGAAGUUACAGUUCCAGUCAUGUCGAUCAGGACGCAGUCAGAAGUUCUACACCUGUAUGCGCGUUUCGUGAGUGUUCAAGGCAUUAUUGAACCGGUUACAUCAACAGUUAUAUUACCGGCAACGUUUCCUGGUCGCAUGGAACGUGUUCACCUACAGUAUCGCAACACGUUUGACCAUAUAGUUACGGAUUUGGUUGCUACUGUCAGCAAUCCAAAACUUUACGUCGUGUCGAUAACAGAAAGCAUGAUGCCCAGACAGGUCGAAAGUGUAAUGGAUCUGAUUUUUUCCCCAUGGGAAGGCAUUGGUUGCGUCGGUGCAUUGUUCCUCACGGAAUGUUGGCUUUCAUAUUCAGAUCCUACUGAAGAACAAAAAUGCUAUCUACUUUCAGACUACGGAGAGUUUGUGGAUAAGCAGGACUUGGAAGCUCUGCGCCGCCGAGAUAAGUAUUGGGCUGAACGAGCAACAACCUCGACCUAUUCGACCAUGGAAGCCCAAGUGCGUUUACAAACUGAUAUUAUGGAAGAUGUUGCUGAAGUCACGGUCAAGGCUUUUCUUAAGCGUCCUAUGGUGACUGCACCUGCUGAAAUGACGUUAAGUCCUAAUAACGGAUCUCAGAAGAUACUUGGACACAUAGAAUUUGCUCUGACGGAAGUUUUUGAGCUGAGUCAUAUCUUUGUGCACGUGCGGAAUCCAAGUAACUUUUCAAUUAGCAUGGAGUUAACAGUUGCAGAAGCCGACCGCCACCUCUUUUACAGGUGUGAAGAAGAGUUUAUGCACGAAGUCAUGGAUACCAAAAGUGACGUGAAAUCCGGCGACCCCGACCACAUUACCGAAUUGUGCUUGGUAGAGUGGAAGACAGCGGUAGCAAACGGAGCUCAACAGCGCAGCCAGCAAGAGGUCGAUCUGCCUUCGUUUUAUUAUGAGGAAAAGGUUAUUGAGGUUUCUGCUGGAAAGGAAGCACAGCUUGGGCCUAUUUUUUACUUGCCCUCGAAAGUUCAAGAAGUGAGCACAAGAGUCUUUGUGCGCAAUGAACUCACUCACAUUGAGCCUGUAUCCUUGCUUGCACGAAGUGGCAAAGGAACAUUAGACAUAUCGGUGGACGCUUCAACUGAUUACAAAUCUGUGCCGUCUUACUACACAGCUCGCGAGUUCGCUGCUGUGAAUAAGGAUGAAAAAGCUACACAGCAAAAUGGGCCGGCCGAAUUUGAUGGGACGUUGAGUUUUGCUCUAACUACGCAUGAUGCACUAACAGAUUUUACACAAGUCGCUGAUCUUGUGCUUUCAAAUACGGGUCCAUUUGCAUUGACUAUUUUGAAUGUGAGAGCGGAACAAGAUGGCCAUGAUUUGUGGACGCAGUUAACAUGGAUAUCAGGCUCAUCACCGAAAAAUGAUUUUGUUGUAACAUCAGGCGCCAGGGACGAUUUUAAAGUAGUGCUUGCUCCUGGCGAAGCUACCACGGUUCGAGUGUCUUUCCACGCUAGUUGUUUUGCAGUUGAUUUAACGAGAUGGCUUAGCAUCGAUACGAGCGAUACUGUGAGUCGUGUGCGGCUCGAAGGCACGAUCGCCGCCGAUGCUGCCUUCACAUGCUGGCAUUCUCGGAUGUCGCCUUCCAUGCGGUUUGCGUUCCUCGCAUUGUGGUUGCUAGCAGUAGUGAUUGCUAUAAUUGCCAUAUGUUACAGUAUUUUCCUUCUGACUCGCGACGCGUGGACUUCCGAGGAUGAAAAACAGUCUGUACAAUUCGACGUUUAUGUUGACAAGUCUAACACAAAGGUGAUCAAAGUGUCAGCACGUGGUAACCAUGAAGAAUCGUCAGCGACCGCCUUGGGUAACGAGAGCAGUCCAAUACCACAGCAUACUCUUGCUUCUAUCAAUCGUAAGUUGGCAGAUAUGGAGCAAGCAUCUUCUGCUCCAGCAGCUCGUGUGGUGUUGCCUGCAGUAGCAGAACUAUUGGAACGUCGACGCAAGGAAAUGCAAACUACUUUGCGCAAUCAAUCGACACAAAACGACCGGCUAGGCAAGAACGAUGAAGUAAAAAAAAACAGCUUGAAUGGAAAAACGACCACAAAAGCGAAUGCAAGCAAUAGCAAAACAGUCUCGCCAACAUGCGACCGAAUUUCAGCGUCUGACGCGGCGUCUACGCCGGUAAUGGCAAAAUCGCAGAGCGUUGAACAUGAAGUUGUGAAGAAAGCAGGUAAAACGGAUGGCGUGCUUCCAGUAAAGAACGCAACCCAGUCAGCAACCGCUUCAGGACGAGAUUUCUUCAAAUACAAUAGCGAGAAAAGCGACCACUCUUCAAAGGAAAAGCUGCCAAAAGGUUUGCUCAACAUGGCGUCAUUCUCCCAUAAAGCUACUGUUCAAACCGAUGUCAGAGGGUCUAGCCGCAUCGUAAAACCUAUGAAGUUGUCGGUUAAUGUCUCUGGCAGUCCGUACGAUCGUAGCGUGAGGUCUGGACCCGUCACUACGUCGCCACCGAAGGAAAAGGAAACUCCGUUUGAAGCUUUCAGGUCUUUGUCUGCUCGAUGGCGUGCUGAAAACGAGAAAGAUAAUUUGAAAAAUGACUCCCCACCAGCGUUCUCGGGAAAGUUCUCGGGCUUACAAGAAUGGGGGAACGACGCCUUGUCCUUCAAAUCGUUAGUUCACGAUUUCGUGAGUCCAAGGGCCCGUGAAAACCGAUGCGAUGAACCCGACAAUUUCAUUCGGACGGGAGCACGGGGCUAUCUGGAUGGGUUUUCGGCUCCAUCGAUUCCAUUGCCGGUGAAAGCGCCACCAACAACACCCACUACAAAAGCUUCGCCGACAACUGCCAAAGCUCCACCAGGAUUUUCGCCCGCUGAUGCCAGACCGUUUGAGACACGAGCUGCGUUUGACCGCCUCCAAACCAGUGGCGAACCAGCCUCGUCUGUUUCAACUGCCAGUAGUGGUUUCGGUACCAGCUCACUCUUUGCAAACAGGUCGCCGUUGUUUGGUCCGCCUCUCCCUCCAAAUGGUGACAUCACACUUGGAAGUGCCGGCCGCAUCGGCAGUGGACGCUCAAAAUUGCUCCGCAGUUUGGACAUUCAGCAAGAUUCGACCAAAUGA